AUGUCGCAUCAUACUCCCCGAAUUGAUCCCACACAAGUGAGCAGCACGAGCUGCAGCGUGUUUCGUUUGAUUGGCAGGGUUGCGGCGCAGCCUAAGCAGGACGAAAUUACCAUUCAAUCUCCUACAACCAAUAGGGAAAUGAUCACGUUAACUUCGAUACGCGUGUCGCAGCUGACUAAAUUCAGCGUGGACAGUUGGUAUGAGUUUGUUUGCCGGGCGAAGGAUUCAGGGGAUGCAGGGUUUUUUGUACUUGACUCAAUAAAGUUGCCGUUGCCAGAUGGCGAUGAGUUGAGUGUGGAGGGUGUGGUUGCGUUGCAGCAGCUCACAAGCAAGUUUCCGGAGAUUUAUUGA